AUGGUCAAAGGAAAGGAACCGUCAGAGAAGAUGCCAAUCGAUCGCAAAAAGCAGCAGCCACCACCUCCUAAACUUCCGACAGCAGCAACGGCAAAACCGAGCAUACCAAACAAGAUGCAGUCGCCUACGAUGCGUGGAGGCCAGGCGGAAGGCGAAUCUAGCUCUAAGCCUCAAGCAAGCCGCCAGGAGGAAAUCGAGAAGGCCUAUAACAAAAUGUUUCGAGGAGGAGCGACGCUGCUAAGCCUCGCGUACACCGACUUCGAGAAUCUGCAGAAAGAAAUCUCCAAACUACGGAAAGAGAAGCAGAUCGACGUGGCAGCCAUCACCAGCGAACUGGCCGCAAUACGUGCAUCAGGACCGAGCGAUAGCAGUGCAGUCCAAGAGCUGCAAGAGAUGUACCGUCAACAGCAACAGAGCCAAGAGACGGACUGGAAAAAGCUGAAAGAAUGGCAAACGAACCUCGAACACAAAAUCGAGGCGCUCCUCAAACUGAAGACCCCGUGCGCUCUCACGAAGGUCGAGCUGACGACUACGAUUCGAAAGGAACUUGGAUCACUUCGCCAGCACCAAGCCCACUUGAUGGAAAUCCAGCCGAAGCCACUGGUUCGAGACGACAUCCAAGGGAUCAUCGACGACCAAAGGGAACUGCGCACGACGUACAAGCGCAUCGAGGACAAAGCCGAUCAAACAGCAAAGGACAUCUCGCACAUAAUGGACAAAGUCGAUCGAAACGCAAAAGAUCAUACGCACCUAAUGGACAAGAUUGACCGUAAUGCGAGGGAUCUCGUGAACCUGACGGUAACUCUGGAUACUCUCCAGACCGAUCUUCGCAACUUCUUCUCACAAAGCACCACUCGACCGUCACCACCGAGACGAUCUGCAACGGACGAUCACCACAACAGGACCAGUGCCGAUGAUACUCGCUCCACCAGCAUCCGUGGAUCAACUGAACCAGCAAUCCGCUCCAUCGUCACACGCGUACAGAGAGCGGACAAGGACGAAUCGCGAUCGCUGCAGCAGGUCCGGGACGACAUUCGUACCGCAGAUGACGACCUUCGACGCCUCAAACGACGCAUAGAGGACACACUGCGCGAGAACAGAACUGAUUCCGCUAGCCGACUCCAGGAACUCCACGAGGAUAAGCAACGGCUCAUCGCUCGUAAGGAAAGACUCGAAAGCACGGAAAGACGCCUUACAAGGAAAUCGAAAGCUCAACAGGAGGAUCGCGUGGAACAAACACCAUCUCACAAAAGGACUCGUCACGAUUCCCGCGAACGCGUCUAG